AUGGCUUCCAAGCAAACUCAAAACCAAGACAUCAGUCUGCAGACUGUUAAACAACCACAGCAUAGUAUCCUCGAAAGAAUGCCAUUGGAACUCAGAGAAAAGAUAUUUGGCCAUUGUGGCAAAGACACAUUUUAUUCAGGCGGCCAGGGUCCAGCUCUAUUGCAAGCACUUCGAGGUCAACCACGCGCUUACGCACACGCGUUGAAAAUCUUCGAGAGACUGAACAGUUACGAACUUGAUGUGGUCACCCCCGUCCAGAUGAAAGAUAUAUUGGCAAAGAACGAGACGGGCCUAGAGGAGAAACCUACUCUGAAGCUCAUUUUGCGUGGCCUGUACGGCACGGAGCAAACAUACUUUGGUAACUUUUGGAUUUCCCAUCCUAGAAGAGUCAUGGGCUUUGUAAUCGACCGAGUACGCAAGGCCAGUUGUAUUCAAGGUUUCGACCUUGAAUACGAAACCUGCCCUCCAACCCUUCGCAGCUCCCGCGUAUUUCGUUGCGAAGAUAACGAAAGGGAUUGGAUGUUCCUCAAAAACAUUCUUUCUCUCGUUCCCUACCGAAAGCUCACUAAAGCCAUUGUUCAAUUACCCAAUCCAAAAAGUUGGCAGAUAGAAUAUCCUAGGAGGUCGCCCGCAGAAAAUCGAGCGAGACGAGAUGCGGUGGCAAUGGCAGUGAUUGAUUGUAUCAAUAGGAAAUUGGGUAUUCAAGGCCUCCUUGUCGGCAAACCAGGUAAUAAUUACGGCGGCUUUUGCCUAUGGGAGGCUCCUAGAGGACAAUACAUGGAUUGGUCUCAGGAUUUGAUAGAACCAUGGGCUUUAUCGGGUGGUUACGGGAAUAACUUUUUCCAGUCCGAGAUCAACUUUUUGGAGCUUCAGGAGAGGGAUGGAUGCUUUUCCAUGGUCCAUCCACAUGAGAAGAGUUUAUCGGACAAUUAA